AUGGCAUCCCUGGCAAGCUCCCGGGCGGCGCUUUAUUGCAAAAGCGACGAGGCGCGCAUCAGCAGAAGCUGUGUGAUGCUCGGCGCGCUGCCCAAGGUCCGGCUGUCGGAGGCUUGCGAGGCCAUCCACGAGAGCCUGGAUGCAACGACGACGAGCGGGCUUAGCGGUGACGGCCUGGCUCGGUUGAUCUGGCUCCUCACGAGGCAGAGGCCAAUGACAAAGCUGUCAGAGCUUCGCGUGGAGUACUUCUAUGAACUCAACAUGAAGCUCAGCAAGAGACACGAGCGGCUGCUCACGACGUCUCAGUCUGGCAACAUGGCAGACGUGCUGAGAGCCCUGCAGGAGCAGGAAGACUGCCUCACAGAUGAGUGGGUCCUUGCGCUUGCAACGGAGUGCGGGUACAAGACGGAAUGGGAUGCAACCUGGGUUGCGGCAAAAAAGAAGGCGAAGAAGGCUGCGCCUCCCCCGCCAACAGGCACCAUGCCAGAGCUUCUGGAGCAAUCCGCGAUGACGGCCAAGGCCAAGCCCAAGGCCAUGACCAGCUUCGUUCCCCCGACGUGGCCGCGUCGAGCUGGCGAGAACAUCCUCCUCCCAGCCGCCAACAAGGCCCCGCCUGCGAAAGCCGGGUUAGGCAGCAGCCGCAGCUCGCCUGCAGUUCCGUCGCCUCCUGUGCCGCAGCUCGCACGCCCUAGGCAGCCACCAAUCAUCGCUAUGUCUCAGACUCAGCCGCCACCCCAGCCCGCGAUGACAUUGACUGUGCCAUCGACUGUGCCAUCGACCAUGCCAUCGACCACGCCAUCCACCAUGCAAUCAAAAGCGGGGCCCCGCCCCCGCCCCGGUCUGUGGCGGUCACGAUGCCCAACAGGCCUCUUGACAGGGCUCCUGCAACCGCUCUUGCCCUUGAAGAUCAGCCAAGAAUCUUGCAGGAGCAGGACCAGGACCCGGGUCUGA